AUGAGACUACCCAUCUCCAACCUCCAUGCGCACCCCACAACACGCAACCGCCCCCCAAAAAAUCUUCCCCUCGGGCCCAAUCCUCCGGGACAAGUCAGCGUUCUCCGCUCGUCACGACACCCCGGACCCUCCCCUCCCACUCGGCUCACAUACCAUCCCCCUCUCCCUCAUGACCCCCACUCCAAUCCCCCUCUCUCGACGGUUCCAGUCUUCUCUCCCAUCCCGCUCUCACCUUCUCCUCUCUCUCACGUCUCCCACUCAAUCACUCAAAACCUCUCCUACCUCCCCCACUCUUCUCCCCCAUUCAAUCUCCUUCUAACUCACACUCCUAACUCCUCAUCUCCCCUCCACUCCUCUCAGCUAUCCUCACACCUCUCCCUCCUCCCUAACUCCUCAUGGUCUAUCUGUCUCUUUCUUCUCCCCUCUCCCCAUCCCCACCCGAGUCCACCCCCACCCUUCUCCGGGAACUACCAUUCCCUCGCUCCGUACCCAUCUGAAGACCGGGACUCCUUUUCUCAACUCCCCAUCUCCUCCUUUGAGGAUGCGGUGCUCUACUUCCUCCUCCGUCGGUUCAAUCGACUGCGAACUCUGUGA